CUGUUCAUCUAUCAUUAACCAGGUUAGGGUCCAGAUGAUGAGCCACAGAACAUAUUAUGGUACUUAUGUCGACCAAGAAAUCCACACAUCAGUUCUCCACCUUCACCUCAGUAACUCCUACUCCAUGCUGCUGCUCUUACCUGACAAUAUGACAAUGCUGGAGAACAAUAUCAGCCCUGCGCAUGUCAAUAAGUGGAUGAAGUCGAUUAAAUAUUGGGAAUGGAAAAUCUUUGUUCCCAAGUUUUCUAUCAAAACCUCCUCCAAGUUAAAUGACGUGCUGAAAGGGAUGGGAAUAACAGAUGUGUUUGGGGUUCGGGCAAAUCUGAGUGGCCUUGCAGAGGAAAAGAACCUGACUGUUUCGGAGGUUGUGCACCAAGCCACGCUGGACGUGAAUGAGGCUGGAGUCUAUGCUGCAGCAGUUACUGGUAUUAUAAGCGUUAAUUUCUGCGCUAGGAGGAGCCCCAUCUUAGAGUUGAAGUUCAACCGCCCUUUCAUGGUGAUCAUCACAGAGAGAAACGCAGAAAACAUUCUUUUUAUCGGCAAGAUUGUCAACCCAAUCAUCUGAGGAAAGAGAGCUUUAGUUGGUACAAACUGAAUACAAUGGAAAUACUUUGAUGCCUUGUUCCAAAUGCAUGCACAAAUAUUUUCUGUUCUUUAAUUAAAAAAAAAGACAUUGCACAAUUAUUUGCAUGACUAAAACUUUUUUAAGACAAUGGAUUCACUUAGUAGCUAUAGAGUUUUUACGUUCCUACUUAUGUUAUAUGUUUUACUAUGUGUGUAGUCAAUAUGUCAUGAAUUAGUUUUAUUGAAAAUCUAAAGAAUAAAAACAUACAACACUGGGUAACACUUCACAAUAAGGUUCACAAAACUGCGUUAACUGCUAAGUAACCAGGGAGAUUUUUUCAGGCCAGGAAUCAGUCAUGUAAUCAGGCCAGUGUGACCUGGUUACAUGAAUGACUGCCAUGACUGAUUCUUAGGUAGUAAAAUUAAAUAGGGCUGGGAUCUGUUUUGCUUUCUGAGGACCCAAGUGAAAUAUUAAACAAGCUUUUAUCAACCAAAAAGUAAGUUUUUCUUUUAUGUCUGAGUUCACCUUCAGCUGUGACACACAUCCAAAGUAAGCAGAGGAACAGACUGGAUGUAGAGAACAGCCUGGGAUCAGUUGUUUUUCACACUGAGCUAUCACAGUGUACUCUCCCGACGAUAAAAGCUACUUACUCCUGGCGAUCGGGUGACGGUUAACAUCGAGCCCUGCAUGAUAUGACUAUGUAUAGCUCUAACCUUUGCACUACUUAUUACGUUAAAUCUCUAUAAUCUUAGCACUAUCGCAAUUACAGCAGUAAAAUUAUCAUAUAUAUAUUUCCUUAGAAAUUAGAGUAGGUCCUAUAUAUCAGUGUUUCCCAACCCUUUUUGACUUGUGUUCCCCUUUGGGCAAUUUUCCGUACCAUGAGUAUCCCUCUCAGUAAAAAGUAUUGAUUGUCCAAAAGUGGAACGUACAUUAACUUAAAGACAAAUUUACUUAAUCUUUUGAUUUGAGCAUUUCAUUUUUAUAAAUGUAUGCUUUCUAUCUAAAAAAAAAAAAGCACACAACGUAAAUAUGGUGCC